AGUUGUCCAUAAAUUAAGUUCUUGCUCUGCAAGGGAAUCCAUCAUCAUCAUUGCUCAACUUCGUCAACUUCAUCAUUUAAUUAUUUUCCGAUCACAAAAUCAAUGGUUCUCAGAUUCCUGUUAUGCAAAUCCAAUCUGAUCUCUUCCCGCCAUCAUUUCAAAACACUUCUCAUCCAAUCCCUUAAUUCUCACCUUCUUCACCCUCCACCUCGUGAUUUCACUCUCUACACUAUCCCUAAAAGAUGGCAUUUCGGUCAUUCUCACUCCCAUUCCGAUCACCACCAAAAUUCCGGCAAAGAAGGCGAGAAAAUAUUCCGAUUAGGCCUCGCUGCUGAUAUUAGCUUAGCCGCUGGUAAAACUAUUACUGGCUAUUUAUCUGGAAGCACCGCUAUUAUCGCCGACGCUGCUCAUUCUGUAUCCGAUGUGGUCUUGAGUGGAGUAGCGCUAUGGUCAUAUAAAGUUGGGAAUGCUCCGAGAGAUAAAGAACAUCCAUAUGGGCAUGGAAAAUUUGAGUCCUUAGGAGCCCUUGGGAUUUCUUGCAUGCUUUUGGCUACUGCUGGUGGUAUUGCUUGGCAUGCUUUAGAUCUUCUUCUUGGUUUACUGUCUGCAUCUCCUGAAGUUCUAAACCAUUCUGCUGUUCUCACUGGCAGUCAUGGUGGACAUCAUCAUGGUAUUGGCAUGGAUCACCCCGGCCUAGCUUUGAGCAUGACCAUUGUGUCAAUAUCGGUAAAAGAAUGGCUUUACUGGAUAACUAAGCAAGCAGGGGAAAAGCAAGGCAGUGGACUUAUGAAAGCAAAUGCGUGGCAUCACCGUGCAGAUGCCAUUUCUUCUGUUGUUGCACUUAUUGGUGUUGGGGGCUCUAUUCUUGGAGUAAAGUUUCUGGACCCGCUCGCUGGACUUGUUGUCUCAGGGAUGAUACUAAAAGCUGGAUUGGAAUCUGGUUACCAGAGUGUCUUGGAAUUGGUGGAUGCUGCCAUUCCAGCAGAACUCUUGGAUCCUGUAAAGCAGACUAUACUACAAGUUGAAGGUGUCAAGGGAUGCCAUCAUUUGAGAGGAAGGCGAGCCGGUUCCUCUUUAUACCUUGAUGUGCAUAUUGAGGUCGAUCCUUUUCUCAGUGUUAGUGUUGCCCAUGAAAUUGGUGAAAAGGUCCGUAAGGAAAUUCACAAGUCCCAUCAUGAAAUAGCUGAAGCUUUCAUACAUAUAGAUCCUGCAUAUUUAAAAUUCCAACAGAGUAUGCAGAAUAAUUUAGAAGGUUUCUCAUAUCAGAAUAGAAAUAUAUCCUUGGAAGACAAAGACAUUGCAGUAAUUGUUUCCAAAAUUUUCUUGUCAAAGUUCCAGAAAAUGGAGGUUGAGCGCAUUACACGGCACUGUUUGCAAGGCAAAACAAUACUAGAAAUCCAAGUUUCCUUGUCCCCGGACAUAUUUAUAAAGGAAGCAACGGAAGUGGCAGAAGCAGCAGAAAAAGAAAUUAUCAAAGCAGCAUCUGAUAUCAUUCAAGUGAGCAUUCAGCUCAGAUUGGGACGUCCAGUUCCUGAGUUCUACUUCCAAUAGGCAGUUCAAAGGAAUAGUUAGUCCAUGGGUAAUACAGAAUAACAGGACAGUCCACAUUAUGAUUUGCUAAUUGUCAAAGAUGUAAAGCAUCCCUCAGGAAAAUACCUGCCUAGAUUUUUUUGGUCGAAGUUAGAUGACAUAGAAAUCUUAUCAGAAUGUAAAAUUCCUUAACUACA